UGGAACAUCCCCGUAUGCAUCUGGAUUCUUGUUCGAAUUUCAUUUUAGAUUUGUGUGGUACCGUGUUUUUUUUUUUUCAAUGGUGAAAAAUUCUAGCUGCAUUUUCAGGAUGGAUGAAGGAAGUUCGGGUUCACGGAGAUUGCGGUCUCAAGUUGCUCCGGACUGGACAGUCAAAGACUGUCUGAUACUGGUUAAUGAGAUUGCUGCUGUUGAAGCGGAUUGUUCCAAUGCUUUAUCCAGCUUCCAGAAAUGGACAAUGAUCUCAGAGAACUGUAACAUUUUGGAUGUACGUAGAACUCUUAACCAAUGCAGGAGGAAAUGGGAUUCAUUGUUGUCUGAUUACAAUCAGAUCAAGAAGUGGGAAUCUCGGUACGCUGGUAGUGCUCGUUCGUAUUGGUCCCUGAGUACUGAGAAGCGGAAGUUGCUGAAUCUUCCGGGGAAUGUCGAUAACGAGCUUUUUGAAUCAAUCAAUGCGGUUGUGAUGAUCCAAGAUGACAAAGCUGGGACUGAAUCUGAUAGUGACCCGGAAGCGCAAGACCUUGUUGAUGUCACUGCUGAAUUGGAUUUUGUAGGGUCAAAAAGAUCAAGACAUCGAACAACAGUUACAAAGGAGAUCCCGCAACAGAAGACAAAGAGAAAAGAGCCACAGACAUACAGAGUUCAGGAAAACACUCAACAGAAACCUACAAAAGCAACCCAUCAGAACAUAAACAUGGAGGAGAAGAAGAAGGCAGUGGAAGAAAUAUCCACAGAUGAAGAAGAGGAGGAAACGAUGAACAUAGAAGAGGAUGUAGAAGUGAUGGAAGCGAAGCUUAGUUAUAAAAUUGACUUGAUACACGCGAUAGCUGGGAGGAAUCUAGCAAAGGACAAUGAUACAGGGGAUGAUAUUAGUAUCAACGACAAGUUGAAGUACGGGAGACAGCAAGGAGAUGAGCUUAUCAGUUGUCUGAGUGAAAUUGUUAAUACCCUUAGUAGGCUCCGUGAAGUUUAAUGUGAGUGAUUAUCUAGGUCAUGAAUAACUUUCAGCUGUAAAUGUUUAGGCAUUUGCCUCUUUGGAGCUGAUCUAAUCGUAAUGCAAUAUUGUAGACUAGUGAAUGGAAAAUAUGAUGAUGUUAUAAUUUG